AUGUUGGAGUGGCAGGUGAUCAAAAGACAAGGCCUUGUGGCGACCAGGGAAGCUCGUCUACUCAUGCUUCUGUUAGCACUGAUGGGUCUGCAAGAAGUUCAGGCUACCAGUGCCUGUGGGCGGCCUCAUGUCAGUCUCAACCGGAUUGUGAAGGGACAGGACACAGUGCCAGGGGAGUUCCCCUGGCAGAUCAGCUUGCAGCUGAACAAAAGGCAUGUGUGUGGAGGGUCCCUCAUCUCCGACGAGUGGGUGAUAACCGCAGCACACUGUUUCUAUCAGUUCAGGGAUCUCUCCCAGUACCAGGUCCUCCUAGGGGCCAACCAGCUAUCCAAUCCUGGCCCACAGUCAUGCUGCUUGGGAGUGAAGAAGGUCAUCAGAAAUCCAACUUAUGCAGGACAGACCAGCAGUGGGGACAUCGCUCUUGUGCAGUUGACCAGGAAGGUCCACUAUUCGGAAUUUAUCCUACCCAUUUGCCUGCCUGAUGCUUCUGUGAAGUUUCCUCCAGGCAAAGUUUGCUGGGUCACCGGCUGGGGAAACCUGCGUCAUUCAGUCGACCUUCCAUCCCCACAAACCCUGCAGAAGUUGCAGGUGCCCAUUAUUGACUCCAAGACAUGCAGUGCCCUCUACCGCACCAACAUAGCUGAUGGCCCAAUCCCACGGGUGAUCAAGGAUGAUAUGAUCUGUGCUGGCUUUGCGGAGGGCAGGAAAGAUGCAUGCAAGGGUGAUUCUGGGGGUCCCAUGGUAUGUCCAGUUGGCCAGUCAUGGGUCUUGGCUGGCAUUGUGAGCUGGGGUGAAGGAUGUGCCAUUGAGAACCGCCCUGGUGUGUAUAGUCGUCUCACGUACUACCAAAAGUGGAUCCACAGCCAUAUCCCAGGCAUCCAAUUUGUCAAAGACCCAAAUAGCCAUGGACUACGCGAAUGGCGUGACAUACAUUACUGGAGGUCAGACACCAGUGGGCAAAAGCAUCCCGAUGUCCACUUACCUUCCCACGCCUCUUCUCUCAGUGCCAACCUUCUGAUGUUCUUGCUGUGUCUACUGAUUCUCAUAUAA